GGGGAAAAGCCAACUUGCUCAUUUUGUCAACGACUUGGCCUUUCAUGUGUCUAUCUCUCGAGAGCGCGAUCGAUGCGACGAGGGACUUCUAACGGAGUUACAAAAAAGCUUUCUACUAAAGAUCGUAUCCAAAUGCUGGAAUCGAAGCUCAUUGAUCUCUCCGGUCUGUUGCGCCCAUUGCCUGACAACAAUACACCCGGAGAACCUGACCAGGCACUCGCUGCUGGCAAUUCCCAACUUGCUCUCGUCGCUGACUCGCCAGAGGCAGUAGCCCAAGUUCCGGAUGCCAUUAGGACUUGUAACAAGUUUACUAAAACCAGCUAUGAUCCCCCACCAGACGCACUAAAUCAUUUCGUGCAAAUUUACAAAACUACUCUCCACCUUCAACCUUUGCCACUAUUCCACCCCGACGACCUUUGGGAAAGAAUGGCCAUUCUCCCUCAGUUCCUCCUUCACAGUUUCUUGGCGCUUAUGCUGAAGUUCUCCAGCCACGAGUUCUACCACGGCGAGGAGGUAGAGGCUGCUAGCUUUUAUAAUCGGUUGGCAGCAGAUGCUACCAUGCGUCUCGCAUUUGACGGGGUCCCGAGACUGGAGGUGAUCCAGGCAUUAUGUCUAUUGACUUUGAGGAACAUUGCAGCUGGUGACACUUCACGAGCUUGCAUGACCACUGGUGCCGCCGCCAGACUCGAUAGUCUCCGCAGACCUCAGCGGCACGGUUCUUCGUUGGCGAACGAACUUGAUGUCCGAUGUUUUUGGAGCGUUUACAUGCUUGAGACGAUAUUCUUUCCACAUGUACCGAAUGCCCCGGAAAUGGACAAGUCUAGCCAACACCCACUAAGUGUCGAGCCGCCGCCGCCGAUCCCAUACGACAACAACCAAGUCGAUGCACCGGACCUCGAUAUUUCAGAUGGAACGACCGAAGAUUUGGGCAUCAACAGGUACUGUGUCGAGAUGAUUAGUGUAUGGGGAAAAGUCGCCUCUCUGUUGCACAGAACGCGGCUGGGUGAAGUUGAAACUCCCUGGCUGCCGGGCUCAACAUUCUCAAGACUGAACGUCUUACUAUACGAGUACGAGGCCCAACUGCAUCACAAGCAUUUGCUAAGAAACCUCUUCCCGUCCAAGAGAUCAUCAGACGAGAUAUGCAGCUAUCUUGAGUAUUGGCAUCCAUGGUUAACAAUGCAUAUGACCCUACAUGCCUCACUUGCACUAAUGAAUCACCCUUUCAUCCACCUAGUUGCCUUGCGGCGCAAGAAAGGUGUUUACCAAUCCCGGCUAUUUCUUCAGCAGGUGAUCGACCAAGCGUUACUACACACAGGAUGGGUCGUUUGGCUUGUGGAUAUGUUUAAAGAUGCGUCUUUUGAGAUCUACAACCCCCUACUCGGGUCGAUAGUUGCAGCUAUCGCCACAAUACCGUGGCUGUAUCAGUUUGCCAAGGAUAACAAGGUUUCUCGCAAAGCGGUUGAGGACUUGGACAAAUGCGAGAUGUUCCUCCAGCGGUUAUCAUUUACAUGGCCACAUAUUUCUCGAAAGAUGGGGCUCAUGACCAAACUGCUAUUCAAGACUGGUGCUGAUGGUGAUCAUAGCUCGAUGGCCUCAGAAAGCUGA